AUGGGGCCGCGGCUGAACUUGGUGGCCGUCUUCGCGAACUUCUUGGUGCCUUGGGCAGCCUUUGGGGUGACCUUCUGGGCCUUGUCCUUCUCCUUGCGCUUCUCCUACCCCUGGCUCGCCUGGAGCAUCGCGGCGCUGCUCCUCGGCGCGGCGGGAGUGUCGGCCCUGGCAGCCUUCAAGUGGAGCAAUCAGAGCUCGCGCGCAGCCCACUGGUAUCACUACUUCGCCUGGGCCAUGUGCAUCUCCGUGCUAGCGGGCGUGGUCCUGGGCUGCCUGAAUUACAGGUACACCAUGCAUGACUCUUACGUCUUGGAGAUGGACCUGAAACUCUACAAGGAUGUGAACGUGGGCCAGGCGAAGGGUCAGCAGAUGAUGGACGCUGGCUUGGUGGACUUCGGCUCCGGCGGCCUGGACCUGCAGAAGGCCUUCAGCUUCAUCGAUGGGGAGACCUACUGUGUGGCGCCCAUCACCAACGGCCAGGGCCCCUUGCCCGUCUACGACUUCUGGGCAGUCGGCAGCCGCCCCAGCUCCCUGAGUCGAGGGGAAGACGGCGCAAUUCACGCUAAGGAACUUGGAGGAAAGAAGUGGGCGGGCACCGGAAGGGAUCGAGAAGAGCUUCCAACUUUUGCUGCGGUGAACUUGCGCCGUCGGCAGGAAAUGCAGCACCCCGAGCUGAGGAACUACUAUGAUACUAUGAUUCCUGUGGCGCCUUGGUCCCGAUCCCGGCGGCAGCCGGCGGUCAUUUGUGGGGGAGUCCCCACGUGGCUCUGGGGCGUGGCCUUGUGCGUGCUCUCCAACUGCCUCACCGCGCUGGGGCUGGUGACCCAGAAGCUGGCGCACCUCCAGGUGGAGCAGAGCGGAGGAAAGAGCCGCUACUUCAAGCAACCAUGGUGGAUGGCAGGCAUGGCCGCCUUUGUGCUGGGCCAAGUGGCCAACAUCCCCGCCAUGGCGUUGACGCCCCAGACGAUGCUCAGCUGCUUGGGAGGCUUGUCUCUAGUCUUCAACUCUGCCUAUGCGCACGUGCUGCUGGGCGAGCGGCUGCGGAGCUCUGAGGUACUAGUAAUGCUGGCAAUGGUCAUCGGGGCUGGGAUGGUCGUGAGCGUCACGCCGGUGCCAAAGACGCACCACGAGUCGACGCAGAUUUUUGGGGCCUUGCUGCACCGGGCGUUUCUUCUCACUGCUGUCGGAGUGACCGCCUUCCUGGGUGUGUUGGGCCUGCUGGCCUACUUCGUGGCAACGCCUUUGAAGCCCUUCUUCCUGGGCCUCACCUGCGCGGCCUGCGGCAGCUAUGGCAUGACGUUCUUCAAGUGUGGCGCUGAAGUGAUAAGCUCCACAAGCCGGUGGUGGCUCAACCUGGAACUGUACAUGCUGGGAAUCAUAGCGCUCGGCAUUUGUGCAGUCCAGAUUCACACGAUGAAUUUGGGCCUCCGAAUUGGGGAGGUUGUGACGAUCAUCCCCACCUUUUUUGCCCUGGGCGUGCUCUUCGCACUGGUCCAGGCCGAGCUCGCCUUCGGAGAACUGAAUGAGCUCCGGGGAGCCCAUAACAUCGUGAUCUUCGUGGUGGGGGUGGUCUUGGUGCUGGGAGCCACCGUCGCACUGCUGUUGCUGCACCGACAGGAGGAGGAGCCAGAGGACUUGGAGACGGAGCGCCUGCCGCUGCUGCACCGUAAGGCAGGCAGCGAGCCCACGCUGCAGCGGAGCCACUGGAGCCUCAACACUCUGAGCCCACUAGGCCUACCACGGACCAGCUUUGACAACAUCCACGAGCUGACGUUGCUCUCCGUGACGGGCCCCAUGGGCGUCGCCUGA